ACCCUAAAUAUCCAAAACCCCUUUUUCACUAUAUACUCUCACUAUACUUUGCAUUUCCCAUUUCCAUAUAUCUAGCUCCUCCAUUUCCCAUUCUUUCUUGGUUUUUCCUCCAUUUUUCUUCACUUCACUAGACUAUCUUGAAAAAUCCAGCCUUUUUUCCUUUGAUUCUUUCAAGAGUCUGUUGUUUGAAAGCUUCCAUUGAUGGAGUCUAGACCACCACCAUCCCACCACCACCACCACCAACCACCACCACCACAUCAUCAGCACCAUCAUCAACAACCACCACAUGGGAUGAUGAUGCAACAUCAUCAACACCAUCAACAACACCAUCAUCAGCAUCAGCAUCAGCAUCAGCAUCAACAUCAGCAUCAACAUCAUCAAAUGAUGCAUAACUCUCCUCCGUCAUCAAACCCUACUCCACCUCCUUUACAAAUGAUUGCAACUCCCAAUUCAUCUUCACUUCAGAACAAUCGUUUCCCAUUUGCUUCACAAGUUGUUACACCUACCCAUCCAAAUCAAUCUUCAAAGAGUCCUAUAACUUCCGGGGUUGAAAACACUCCUUAUUCUGGUGAUGGGUUAAGAGGGCCUACAUCUGGGUUUGUUAUUGACCCUAAUUCUUCUUCGUCUUCACACAAAAAGAAAAGGGGUAGACCAAGGAAGUAUUCUCCUGAUGCGGGUGGGAAUAACAUUGCUUUAGGGUUAGCUCCUACUCCUAUUUCUCCUGGAAUUGGUGGGGGACAGGCGGACUCUGGUGGGACGGCUCCGUCUUCGGAGAAUGUCUCCAAAAAGCAUCGCGGGCGGCCAGCCGGUUCAAGUAAGAAGCAAUUGGAUGCAUUAGGUAACUGUGGGGUUGGUUUUACGCCGCACGUUAUCUUGGCGAACGCUGGGGAGGACCUUGCAUCAAAGAUUGUUGCAUUUUCUAAGCAGGGACCACGUACAGUCUGCGUUCUUUCUGCAAAUGGUUCCAUCUGCAAUGUGAGUCUUCGGCAACCUGCAGGAGGUGUUGUGAACUAUGAGGGACGAUAUCAGAUUAUUUCUCUAUCAGGCUCGUUCCUGUAUUUAGAAAAUACUGGUGGCCAAGUCCACACAGGUGACUUGAGUGUUUCCCUGGCUGGAGCAGAUGGCCGUGUAUUGGGUGGUGGUGUAGCUGGGACCCUGGUGGCUGCAAGCCCUGUUCAGAUUAUUGUGGGUAGCUUUAUUGCAAAUGGGAAGAAGACAAAGUACAUGCCCUCAGUACCCCAGUCUCACGUCUUGAACUUUGGUUCUCCCGCACUACCACCUGCUGAAAGUCCUCCCUCCGAAGAGGUUUCAAGUGAAGAGUCCGAAGAGAAUGGUGAUAACCACCUUGAUAGGAACAUGGGAUCUUACGGAAAUUCUAACCACCCCGUUCAUAAUAUGCAAAUGUACAAUCCCAUGGGCUGGCCUAACUCCUCUUCAAAGAUGCUUUAAAACUAGACAGCUGAUCGUCUUCUUGGUAUUCACUAUUCAGAGGCUGAUUCUAGAUUCUAACAGGCAGAGUCUAAAAACGUAUAUUAUAGAGUAGUAUCUGGGUUAUCUUUUCUCCGUUAAUUGUAAUUCUCUAAAGAUCCUUCAUGUUCCCCUCCUCCCGUGUAUGAGUGUAGGUAAAUGAGAUUAUUACCCGUGUUUGUAAGCUGAGUUUACCGCCCCUCAUUGGCAUCGUUUGCACAUAGUCAUCAGUAUCCGGUCUUAUUAAUGAUUUUUCAAUCGGAUGUCGUUUGGGGUUCCUAACCUGUAUUUUUAGGAAUGAUUGUGUAACCUGGGUUUCGAGAUCGAAUUGAAUUUGAAUUGGAGUGUUGGUUGAUUAGUGUUGUGGAAGUAUUGGCAUAUGAAUCAUGUUUAACUUGUUCUUCCCAAGUGGGGAUUCCUGAAA